AUGAGAGCAUGCGUGGCAGCAGCUAGAGGUAGAGGUGGAGGCAGAAGAGCUGGCAGAGGGGCGGCACCAGCAGGGGCGGCGUCCCAGUGGUUGACCAUGUGCCUCCAAUGGUUCCUAACGAGGCAGCGGGAGAUGCAGCCGCACCAGCCCAACCAGCGGCAGUACCAGUUUCGCCAGGAGCUGCAGCUACUUAGGUACGUUCCGUGUACUCUGAGGGACCAAAGGAAGAAUGAGUUCGCUACUAUUGAUCAGAGGAACUCAUUGGUUGCUGUGUAUGAGUCUCGUUUCCACUCUCUGUCCCAAUAUGCUCUUCAUUUAUUGCCCACUGAGGAGGAGAGGAUACGGCAGUUCGUGAAGGAGUUGAACACUGGGCUUCAGUUAUCGGCUCUUCAGCUUAUAGCCACUGGGGCUUCAUUUCAGGAGAUAGUGGAGCAUGUCCGAAUUGUUGAGGGUAUUAAGCAAGAGAGUCAUGGGAAGCAGGUGUCAGCUAGGGGCCCAUCAGGGGCAAAUUAUCAAGCUUCCGGUCAGCAUGGAGGCUACACUACUUCAUUAGCUUCUGUUCAGUGGCCUACGCUGGACCGUGCUUGCUUCGAGUGUGGUGAGAUAGGGCUUAUUAAGAGGAAGCUAGUAGAGAAGGGUUGUCUGGCUUGCUUGACACAUAAUCGUGACACCAGUGCAGAUACUCUAUCUACUGAUUUGGUUCUAGUGGUACGCGAGUUUGCGGAUGUGUUUCCUGCGGACAUUCCUGGUAUGCCACCAGAUCAAGACAUUAAUUUCAGGAUUGACUUAGACCCAGGGACUCGUCCUAUCUCUAUCCCACCUUAUAGGAUGGCGCCAGCAGAACUCAGGGAAUUGAAAGAAAGUAAGGAAGAGCAUGAGAAACAUCUGAGAAUUGCUCUUGUAGUAUUGCGGGAGAAGGAUCAGUAUGCUAAAUUCUUCAAGUGUGAAUUUUGGUUGUCUUCUGUGUCUUUCAUGGGGUAUGUUAUUUCAAAAGAGGGCAUUAUGGAAAAGAAGGUGAUUGCGUAUGCUUCUCGACAAUUGAAGGUGUACACAGACCAUCGCAGUUUGCAGCAUGUGUUCACUCAGAGGGAUGUGAACUCUAGGCAGCAGAGAUGGAUGGAACUGCUGAAGGACUAUGACAUUACCAUUCUGUAUCACCCAGGCAGGGUGUUGGCUUAUGUUGAAGCUCGAUCAUCAUUUUUAGAACAUAUUAAGGCUAAGCAGUUUAAGGAUGCUAAGUUGUGUAAUAUGCAUGAUAAGGUGAAGUAUGAAUAUCAGAAACCUGGGGAUACACGGCAGAGGAUGACCAUUCCUGAGUGGAAGUGGGAAAGAAUAGCCAUGGAUUUCGUUGUUGGUCUUCUGAAGACGCUAGGGAAUUUUGACUCUAUCUGGGUUAUUGUUGACAGGUUGACUAAGUCUGCCUACUUUAUUCCGGUGAAGAUAACUUAUGUUGCGGAGAAAUUGGCUAAAGUCUACAUUAGUGAAAUGCUUAGGCUUCACGGGGUUCCUAUCUCCAUGGUGUCUGACAGAGGCACCACGUUCACAUCUAGGUUUUGGGAGUGUUUGCGUGAGGAGCUGGGUACGAAGUUGGAUCUUAGCAUAGCCUUUCACCCUCAGACUGACGGGCAGUCUGAGCAGACUAGUCAAGUUCUUGAGGAUAUGCUUCGUGCGUGCGUGAUAGACUUUGGUGGGCAUUGGGACCAAUUCUUGCCUUUGGCCAAAUUUUCCUACAAUAAUAGCUACUACUCGAGUAUUAAUAUGGCCCUAUUUGAAGCGUUGUAUGGAAAGAGGUGUAGGUCUCCAAUUGGAUGGUUUGACGCGUUUGAGAAGUACUACAGCGAUGGUUCUUACAUAAUCCGUUGGGAUUCGAUUUUGCUAGAUGAGAAUUUGUCAUAUGAGGAAAAGCCCAUUGCUAUCUUAGAUAGAGAUAUUCGUAAGUGGAGGUCCAAGGAAAUAGCCUCCGUGAAAGUUUAG